AUGUCCGAUGCGAUGAGGCGUAUCCUGUAUGCAGUCACUGCUCUCGACUUCAACUGGAAUGCCGCUAUCUACGACGACCACGCGGAAACCACAAUCUCCUCAGUUCCUCCCCCCAUGCCGACGGAUAGCCCCUCUCCGAUGACCUCUUCGAAUACCAAUAACGAGGGGCAAGGCCCAUUCACCCUCACCGAAGACCACAUGGCACAAUUCAUGUCUCUGCCAUGGUUGGAUGACUCGAUGGCCGCGUUUGGACACGGAGGUCGCGAAGUCCCUGAUUUUGGCACGACCUGGAAUGGAGAAUUUGGAGGUUUCUUGGAACCUGCAACUUCGGCAUCUCUUGACGGCGAAAGCCAGGAAAGGCUGAGUUCGUUGCCUUGUAUCGAGUUGGAACGCGGCCCUGGAGACCUUCCGACGCCAAUGACAUCAACCAUCAGAACCUUGCCUCACUCCCAUUCUGAUGCCGAACCAACGACGGAUGAUCAUGUCAUGUCAAAAGAAGUCCCCACGAGAACCGAUCAAAAACACCACAGCAACUCUCGACAGAGCACAAAGAAUAUCUCUCAGGACUAUCCCUCCGACCAAAGCCAAAGCUCGGAUGACCUGGCUAUGUUCGGGAACAUCAUGCAACCCCCGGCUGCUAUGUUGAUGGGCGGCAUCAGGCGAUGGCGAUACCUCCAGCGAUAUCUCCUUGGCCUGGGCUCAAAGAACAAUGCUGUCAUGAAUGCCCUCCUGUGCCUUGAAGAGGUUUUGGUUCGUGAUGACUCCGACGCCUGCGACCAAGCUUCAGUUUCAGACGACAGCGCCAACCGAAUCACCGAGCGCUACGAGGCAGCCAAGAGGCAGGUUAUCGAUCAAACCUCAGGGGAAAAUCAUCUUGAGGAACAAGAAAUGAAUGAACUCCUCGCGGCUGUUUUCCUGCUGGCCUGGAUUCAGGUCAUACGUGACCGGGACGCCGAGCGAACCGACUCCACGUUUCCUUGUGAUCAAGCCGACUUCAUCAUCAGCAGCUGCUGUAACUGGAACUGGUACUCCAGACAGUUGCUCUCCUGGUUCAAUUCGCUUGACAGCAAGGCCACCUUUCUUGGAGGGUCUCCGCUCCUUUCACCCAAAGCCCUCAGCAUUGUCUCCCGCUAUCCUAUCCAGAUCGUCAGCUGCAACUACGAGGAGUCCAAAGAAAGGCAAAACUCCCUUGGAGGCCAAGAGGAUUUCCAAACCAUGUCAGCCGGGUCUGUGACAGACGUCUCGGAGCACGGUGAUAGCGCAACAGUGGUCCCCGCUUUGACAACGGUUGAUGUCAAGGAGAUUGUGCUCCGUGCCAUUCUCCAGCCGGCCGCAGAGUGGUACCUACAGACACAGGCCUACUUCCGGCACAUAGGAUCUCUUGACAAGCACCAUCGAUCAAGGUUUACACCAGACGACGAGCUUGAAGUUGCGCUGGUGGGCAAGCAACUCCAAGCCGAACUAUGGGAUCUCUGGGCUCAACGGCCAUCCGCCAUAUCGCUUACUGCUGAUGAUCUCGCAAAGACUGUGGCACCCGACAUGGCAACUCGCCUUGAAGAGAUCUUCAGCGUGUACCUAGCCAGUUUUUGGAUUCUCUUUGUCUAUCUUCAUCGAUGGAGGGAGCGUUGA